AUGCUUUCCAGUAUUCGCAUAGCAGACGUCUUGCUCCUCCUCCUGUUAUCUCAGACUACGCAGGCUGGUCCGGUAAGACGUGCUGAGAGACUUUUCGGAAGGGGCUGGAACUCUACCACCUCAGUCAGUGUCGCCUCUAGUACACCAGAGUCAACACAUCUUUCCACCUCUGCCGCUGCAGUAACGGCAAAGGAGGAGGAUGAUGGAUCUACACCAAGUCCUGUCUUUAGCACCAUCGACGACACGAAAAGCACACCGGCUGCCACACGAGGCCCCUCAACGACAGCUGUACGGUCGUCGAGCACAGCAGUCUUCCUCCCUCCUCCUCUGAGCACGAUAUCAGUACCGUCAAAAACAUUAGGCGGUGCUUCCACGACCACUGAAGCCACUCUGCCUCCCAUGUUUAGCUCUGUCACUCUGCCUCCGUAUCCUACAACAGGCCUCCGAAACGGGUCGGCCCUCCUGCCAGCAAGCAGUCUGACUGAAACCCCUACCGGGCCGGCCACGACGGCCGCCGGUCAAGAGAGCGCCUCGCGAGGAUCUCCCAAUGGGAUGCAGUCGUCUUUGUCCUUUGCGUUCCCUGUCCCUGGCGAGACGAAAACGACCACCGUCCAGCCUGUCGCAUCAUCAACUUCUCUCGUGCUCAGCACCACCGCAAAGGCUGAAGCUUCAUCUACGCCCGCCCCCACCUCCCAAGAUAUCCCGGCUUCAUCGACAACGCCACUGCAGACCAUACACCCAUCAUCGACAACUCUCAAGGUCACAGGCUCCCCCAACGUCGGCGUCCCCACCAUCGAGACCUCGCUUCCCGCCGCCACAUCGACUAUCUCCCCAGAGGUCGCAGCCAGAAACCUCGCCAACGCCAAGUCUUUCAAUGCUCUCUUCGCCACCCUCACCGAGCAGUCCUCUUGUAGCAACGGCCAAGUCGCCUGCGUCAAAGGCAACAUCGGGAAAUGUGGCUCCGACGGCGCCUUCGACAUCGUGAGCUGCGGUAAUGACCAGUCAUGCUUCGCCCUACCUAUGAACACAACGGAGGGCGUCGUCGUCGGCUGCUACAACCCUACCGUCGCGAGCAAUAUUCUCGGAGAGGCUGUUUCUGCCCCGGGAUCCUCUGCAAGUGGCGCAGUAUCAGAGGUCACAAUGACUGUUACGCCAGUCGUCACCGCCACGUCCACAAUCCAGGUGACUCCGCCGAGCAGCCCAGAGACCACAAGCCCAGCGGUCCCAAUUGCCACCGCCACGUCUACGGUCCUUGUCGCCCCGCCUGAGGAGACUUCCUCGCCGGGCUUCACCACGACCGUCGUCGUUACGAGGACGGUUGAGCCCGACCCAGCACCAACUAACACAGAACGAGAGAGCACGACGACUGCAGAGGAGCCAACGACACUUUCGACCUCCACCCGUCGUCGCACACGCAGCUCAACAUCCGUAAAGACAUCUGCACCACCUGCGACCACCACUGUCACCGUCACCGGCACACUGACAUUUGACCCGAUCCCAUCCACCGUCCCGACGGUCCUCCCGACGGCGCCCGCGGCGAAGGACAGCCCCGAUGCUUUUGGGUUCGUCAUAACAGUCACGGAGAAGGAGACCGUGACGGCAACGGUCACAGUGAAGGAGACGGAGACAGUUACCGUCACAAAGAGCCAGUGA